CGGGCAACCUCCCGAAUGGGGCUUAUCACCUGACUCGGUUCAAACAUGGCUGCGCUGGAAGCUCUAUUGCUUUGGGCACCGGGAGAGGGAGGUGCUCCACGACUGAGAAAAUUGACAAUGUGUUCUGCGUAAUUCAUCUCUUUCUAUCUCCCUGCACUCUGUGCUGGGAAAAUGCAUCAUCCAUUUGGACAAGAGGAAACUGCUUCUCAGAAGCAACUUUUUGGGUUUUUCUGUGAGUGCCUUCGCAGAGGAGAAUGGGAGCUGGCUCAGGCAUGUGUACCUCAGCUACACCAGGCACAAGGGGAUAUCCCAAAAAAGGUGGAAGAUAUUCUUCAGGCGCUGGUGGUGUGUCCAGAUCAGCUGAGAUGUGGACAGGACAUCAACCCUCAAAGAUUAGCCUGGGUCUGGUUUCUUGUACUGGAAAAAUGGUUCUCCCAGGAAAAGAAAUUACUCCCAAGUGUUUUCCGGAGAAAGCUUGAGUUUCUGUUAUUAUCAGAAGAUCUCCAACGUGAUAUUCCAGAGGACAUCCUCAAGGAGUUAUACGAAGCCUUGGCACAAGAUACAGGAAGCCCUGUGCUUGAUGGAAAUCAGAGGCAGGAGAGCUGGACCCCUCGGCUCAGCUCAGAAGCUGUCUCUGUGCUCUGGGAUCUUCUGAGGCAGGCUCCCCAGCCAGCACAGGCCCUGCUGGAACUCCUGCUUAGCAAGGACGAUGCCACUGGCCUCUGUGGCUGGUCUCUGCAGAAGGCACUGGUGGACCUCAUUCGAAGGGCACUUGGAGCUGUGCAGGGCCCCACCGCUGGGCCCGCUGGUAUAGUUGAUGCCAUCUAUGGAGCCCUGCAGAGUCUACGUUGCCCUGCAGAGCCAUUCGGGGUUGAGCUGCGUCUCCUGUGUGAGGAACUACUGGAGGCCUGCAGGGCUGAGGGGAGUCCCCUGCGGGAGGAGCAGGUGCUCAGCUGCCUGCUACACAAGGCUGGACGGAGCCUGGUAUCCCUGUACGGCCAUACCUAUGCAGAGAAGGCCACAGAAAAGCCAGUGAAGGCCAUACCCUCGGGAAAAGUCUCCCCCGAACAUCUAGAUCCUGAGCAGGCAAUGCUAGCCCUGUUCUCCAAUCCUGACCCAACCCAGGCUUGGAAAUCAGCCUAUUUCUACUGCCUGAGCAACAGCAAGCAUUUCCUCGAGCAGAUCCUGGUGACGGCACUAGCUCUGCUGAAAGAGGAAGACUUCCCAAGUCUUGGCUGCCUACUAGACAGAGAAUUCAGGCCUCUCAGUCGACUGCUUGUGCUCCUGGGCUGGACGCACUGCCAGAGCCUAGCAUCAGCCAAGAGGCUGCUCCAGGCACUCCACGGGGUCCAGGACCAAGGCUGUGACAAGCUCCUCAGGGAUGCCUGUGAUGGGCUGUGGGCUCACCUCGAGGUCCUGGAGUGGUGUGUACAGCAGAGCAGCAACCCCAUACCAAAGAGAGAUCUCUUGGGUCAUUUACAUGGUGGAGACAGCCACUCCGUGCUCUACUCUCUCCAUCACCUUACCAACCUUCCAGCCCUAAGGGAGGAAGAUGUUCUCAAGCUCUUACAGAAGGCGCCAGCCAAGGACCCCCAGCAAGAGCAUGAUUCAGCCGAAGCCACAGUCCCUGAGCACCUGAGCCAGUGUCAGAACCUGACGCUCUACCAGAGCUUCUGUGCCAUGAAGUAUGCCAUCUAUGCCCUCUGUGUGAACUCACACCAGCACUCCCAGUGCCAGGAAUGCAGAGACAGUCCCUCAGAGGACGCGGCCUUGGCUGCAGAGCCAGCAAAUGAUCCUCUCUCCUCCCCAGAUGCUUCAGAUCUCUUCUCAACAUACCUAGCCAGAUGUCAACAGUAUCUGUGCAGUAUUCCUGACUCUUUAUGCCUGGAACUCCUAGAAAACAUCUUCUCAUUGCUCCUCAUCACCUCUGCCGAUCUUCACCCAGAGCCUCACCUGCCCGAGGACUAUGCUGAGGAUGAUGACAUUGAGGGGAAGGGCCUGUUGGGUUUGAGGUCACCCUCUGAGAGCCCUCAGCACAUAGCACAACCUGAGAGGAAGUCAGAACGGGGUUGCCAGGGAGUCCCCAGGAGCCUUGCUUAUACAAUCCCAAGCUGUCUGAAGACAGAGCCAAAAGACAGUUCCCCAGGGCCCCAUGGGCACAGCUUUUUGGACCUAAAGCACUUUACUAGUGGUAUCAGUGGGUUUCUGGCUGAUGAAUUUGCAAUAGGGGCCUUCCUCAGCCUUCUCCAGGAGCAGCUGGAUAAACUCAGCAGCCACAAUCCCCCUGAGAAGCCAAAGCUGCUAGAAGGCCAGAGCUGCUCGGGAAGCAGAGAUGGAUCGCAGAGCCGCCUGCACCGGUUUUCCAAGGUUCUCUCUGAGGCCCAGUGGAGAUACAAGGUGGUAACAAGCAACCAGGGCUCAGAGGAGCAGCCUUCCCGAAGAUACCGGCCCAUUGCCACAGGGCAUCCAAGUCUCCGCCGGGGGCGUCGGCCAAGAAGGAGCCGGCCAGAUGGCCGGGCCAGAAGUUCCAAUCCAUCCCUGGAAAGUACAAGUAGUGAGCUGAGCACGAGUACUUCAGAGGGAAGUCUGAAUGCUACAUCUGGAAGGAAUGAGCUGGAUGUCCGGUUGCAGCCCCAAUCUCAAAGUUCACUCAUCCCCAUGAUGUUCUCCCCACCUGAGUCACUGCUGGCAUCCUGCAUCCUCCGGGGAAACUUUGCAGAAGCCCACCAGGAAAAAGCACAAGAAAUAGAAGUCAGAAAGACUCUUACCCUCUCUGAAAUUCCAUAUCCUCAUUUGAAAAUUGCAGUGAAAUAUCACUUGGAGGUCAAGGUAGGAAAUCCAUUUGUUCUCCUGCAACAGAGCUCUUCCCAACUUGUGUCACACCUCCUGCUUGAGCGACAAGUUCCCCCAGACAGGCUGGCAGCCCUUCUGGCCCGAGAGGGGCUCAGCCUGAGUGUGCCAAAGGUCAUCGUUAACUGCUGCUGUGAGCCUCUUGCCCUUUGCUCUUCCCGGCAAAGCCAGCAAACGUCAUCCCUUCUGACCCACCUGGGCGUCCUGGUCCAGCUACAUACCUCCCACUGCCUGGAGGACCUCCCACUUUCUACACUGAGCUCCCCAAAGCCAACUGGAAAUUCCACAUUGGAGAGAAAGCCCCACUCCUCCCCAAGGGAUUCAUCACUCCCAGCCCUUACAUCCUCUGCCUUGGGCUUCCUUAAGUCCCGCUCAAAGCUGCUGGCCACAGUGGCCUGUCUGGGGGCUUCCCAGGGGCUAAAGCUCACCAAGCCCAGCUUGUCAUGGAAGGAGCUUCGUGGCCGCAGGGAGGUGCCUCUCAGUGCAGAGCAGGUAGCCCAGGAAUGUGAGCACCUCCUAGAACAGUUUCCUAUGCUCAAGGCCUCCCUCCUGGCUGCCUGGGAGCCGCUACGACGGUCCACCGAGCAGGGACAGAGCCUGGCAGUGAGUCUCUGUGGCCGGGCCAGUCUCUCUACCGUCCUCCUGGGCCUACACUCUCCCAGUGCCCUAGAUGUGCUCACCGAAGCCUUCGAGGAAGCCCUGGUGGCCAGAGAUUGGCCCCAAGCCCUUCAGCUCACGGAAGUGUAUGGGCGAGACAUGGAUGACUUGAGCAACAUAAAAGAUGCGGUCCUGAGCUGUGCCACGGCAUGUGACAAAGAAGGUUGGCAGUUCCUGUUCCCUGUGAAGGACGCAUCUCUGCGAAGUCGGCUAACCCUACGGUUUGUGGACAGGUGGCCCCUGGAGUGGUGCUUGGAGAUCCUGGCGUACUGCAUCUCAGACACAACUGUCCAAGAUGGACUAAAGCGUGAGCUACAGAGAAAGCUGGCAGAGCUGCGGAUGUAUCAGAAGAUUCUAGGUUUGCAGGCUACCCCAGUGUGGUGUGACUGGCAGAGCCUGAGGAACUGUUGCAUUGAGGACCCAUCAACUGUCAUGAACAUGAUUCUAGAAGCAAAGGAAUAUGGACUGUGUGAGGAGUGGGGCUGCCUCUACCCAAUUCCAAGAGAGCAUUUAAUCAGCCUACAUCAGAAGCAUCUUCUCCACCUUCUAGAAAGAGGAGAUCAUGAAAAGGCUCUGCAACUCCUGCGAAGAAUUCCUGAUCCCACAAUGUGCCUUGAGGUCACAGAGCAAUCCCUUGACCAGCACCCUAGCUUGGCCGCUUCUCACUUCCUGGCCAACUACCUCACCACACACUUCUACGGAGAACUGACUGCUGUCCGACGCCGUGAAAUCCAGGCACUGUACAUGGGAUCCAAGGUUCUGCUGACCCUACCUGAGCCACACCGGGCCAGCUACUCCCACUUGUCCUCUAACCCCCUCCUCAUGCUGGAGCAGCUACUCAUGAACAUGAAAGUGGAUUGGGCCACCGUGGCUGUGCAGACUCUGCACCAGCUGCUGGCCGGGCAGGAGAUUGGCUUCACCAUGGAUGACGUUGACUCACUGCUCUCUAGAUAUGCGGCAAAAGCCUUGGACUUCCCAUACUCUCUGAGGGAGAAACGAUCAGAUUCUUUGACUCACCUCCAGGAAAUCAGUCAAGUUUCAGACCUCGAGACCUUGUCUAGAUCCCCGUCGGCAGAGUUUUCUGCCGCUGCUGCAGCUGUUCCUGGUGUCUCCACUACACAUUCCCCCAGUCCAAGGGAGAGGAGCUUCCCAGAGAGUCAGCCCCCACCAGAGUUUGUCCCCCCAGCAGCACCCCCUGGCAGGCAUCAGUGGGUGCCCGAUGAGAGUGCGAGCAUCUGCAUGGUCUGCUGCAGGGAGCGCUUCACCAUGGUAAGCAGCGUUGGUCUCCAGCUUUGCCUGCAGGGGAAGUGAAAGGAAACUGCCAGUUCAUGAGCCCAGUGUUUAUAGUCACCUCCUGUCCCCAAGAGGAUAUUGGUAUUUUCAGAAGAACUACCAAAUCCAAGACUUUGGGUUUAACUUUGACCUAACCACAUGUAUUUUCUGGAUUCAGACAGAUGGUAGACACCCUCAGGUAGCCUUAAAUUCUAAAAUCUUUGCCAUUCUCAUGACUAAACAGAGGCAGAGUGGCAUAGCAGGAGGAGUCACCAACACCAGGAGAUCUUGUUUCUAGCUCCCCUUUUGCUAUAAGACAGGUGGCCUGGUAGUGGUUUUAUGUACUGACUCUGGAGACAGAGGACCUG